AUAUCAAUAUGUAUACUACGAUAAAAGUGAAGGAGGAGUCACUAUAGAAUAAGUCAGAAAUUAGAUUUUAACACGUUAUAGUUAAAUGCUAUGACGUUUUAAAGUUGUAAUUGUUUGUAAAUAUUUUGAGCAAGUUUAGAGAUUAAGCAUAGCAUACCUUUGCCCAAUGAUAAUAAAUUGCUUCAACGGAUAAUCAAACAUAUUAAGAAGAAGCAAGAGAGAACGAACGAGCGAAAGAAAGAAGCAACGAAAGAAAGAAGCAACGAAACAACGAAGCAACGAAACAACGAAGCAACGAAACAACGAAGCAACGAAACAACGAAACAACGAAACAACGAAACAAACAAACAAAAACAAAAAAAACCCAAAGGAACAAAAAAUGUCUCCCUAUGAAUACCUGUUUAAAUACAUAAUAAUUGGCGAUACAGGAGUUGGAAAAAGUUGUCUUUUGUUGCAAUUUACAGACAAGCGAUUUCGAGCUGAUCAUGAUUUGACCAUCGGUGUAGAAUUUGGGGCGCGACUAAUCAAUUUAGACAAUAAGCAAAUUAAGCUUCAAAUAUGGGACACCGCCGGCCAAGAGUCCUUUAGAUCCAUAACACGGUCAUACUAUCGGGGAGCAGCGGGGGCCCUAUUAGUUUAUGAUAUUACUCGACGAGAAACGUUCAACCACCUAAACAGAUGGCUAGAUGAAGUGCGACAGAAUUCAAACCCGCAUAUGGCUAUCAUUCUGGUGGGGAACAAAUGCGACUUGGAGAGAAGAGAAGUUUCAGCCGAGGAAGGGGCGCAAUUUGCUAGACAAAAUGGAUUAAUAUUUUUAGAAACCUCAGCCAAAACGGCGAAAAAUGUGGAAGAAGCCUUCAUUUACACCGCAAGAAAAAUAUAUGAUAACAUCCUGGAGGACGUGUAUGACCUAAGCAACGAGUCAUACGGAAUUAAAUAUGGGCCCACCAAUCAAUACUCAAGAGUGAAAUUGGACAUGCCCUCGAUGCCGGAAUCAAGAUCAUCCUUCAGCUGUUGUUAA